CCUGCCUCUGGAGAGAUGGGUCGUUUGGCACAGCCAUAUAGUGUGGAGCAAGUAGAGGAGGCCUUGAAAUCCCUUGGCGAAGCCCCAUCCUGGAGCAGGCUGCCAAGAGCGUUGCAUCAGCACAAAUGCGUCAAGUUCAAAGCCUUCGUGAAUGUUUGGGCGACGCGUGGAACAGUGCUAGUGCAAGGUGGCGAGGCUCCAGCAAUAGAACGGGCACUCAAGGAACUGCUAGGAGAAGCAGUAGAUGUUCCAGAGCAGCUGCCAGAUGGCUGUGCUUGGCACCUCUUCGUGGAUGGCUCUUGUCCGGCCAAUAAGCAGGCGGGCAAGAUGCCAACAGCAGCAGGUUGGGGUGUUGCAGUGUAUCAAUCCAGUGAGAGGCUCACUACUUUUGCUGAACUCUACGGGCCGGUCAUCACCGAUGACACUUCUCCGCUGAGCUUGGGUGCAACUUGCGGCUCCAACAAUACAGGGGAAUUGUCUGCUAUGGGCGAGGCUUUGCUGUGGCUUAGAGAUGAAGCACCGGACAAGGGAACCCCAGCUGUUCUGCAUUACGACUCAGAGUAUGCCGCCAACAUUGUGCUAAGUCGCAACAAAGCCCACAAGAACGUUGAGCUUGCCAAGCACUUGCAGGCCCUUUACACGGAAGUGCAGGAACAGCGGCCGCUUUACCUCACUCAUGUGAAGGGCCAUUCCGGGUGCGCUGGCAACGAACGUGCAGAUUUUCUGGCUGCUCAAGGUUCUGAAGGCAAGUUCGGUCUUCAAUCGAAACGGUGGACUGGCCACAUUGAUGCCGCCGAAUUGGCCUGUGUGGCCAACAAGGUCUGUAUGGGCCAAGUAAAGGUUGGAAGAGGACGUCGACCACCCACACCGGCAACAAGCAGAAAAGCCAAACGACCGAAAGUCUCGGAACUUCAGCCGCUUCAGCUGCAGCCGCAGUCCGGUGAGCACGUCCCAUCGGUUCCCGAGCAAGACGCUGCCCAGUGUGCGACGGAACUCACAUCUCAGCUCGAGCCACAGCUCGAGCCAAAGCAAUGCAGAGAAGACGAGCCAGCUCGAGUCAAGAAACAUGUCGGUGUUUUUGCGAACUUGGAGACUCAGCAGGCUACAAUUCCGUUGAUCUUUAUUGAUGACUGACCAGGGGGUUGCUGAAAAUGCCUCAGCUUUCAAACAUAAUUCUAGGAUGUCAAGUCCUGACUGUGAGGACACUGCCACUUGUACAGCUGUAGCUGCUGUAACUGGCAAGGCAGGAGCUCAUGCCCGUUCAACAUAGUACUGAAUGCUGUCAUGUUUGCAUGGGCUCCGAGACCGCUUACUCUAGUUUUUUGUGUUUUCUUCAGGGUGCCAUGGAGGCAGGCUCAGCAGUCUCGAGACUCACGGGCUUUGCUUCUUUAAGGUUGUUUUCCA